CUAUUGACAACACGAGGAAGAAAAAUAAGCCAAUGGUUUACUGCAUGGCCCAUUUCUUUACCCUUCUCAUAAGCUUAAGAUACAGAAGAUCAGGAGCUACUUAGUUAUACAACAACGGGCUGUCAUAGCACCAACAAGAAAAAAAGGAAACCACCAGCAAAACAAAAGAAAGAAUAUAUCCUACAACAGCAAUUAGGAUGCCACCCACUGAUGCCUACUACUGUCAACAUGUGAUCUUGGUUGCCAGAGGGGUUACUAGAACAGCAGUGUUUCCAGUUAUAGGCUUCAGGCUAGCUGCAUUCUCCAGGCGUUGCCACGCUUCCUUCCUCUUCUCAGCUAAAACACUCAGCUGUUCUUCUUCGUCCUUGAACUGGGCAAGGCACGACAGGAAGAGCUGUUCGUCCAUCUCCGAGAACAUUUUCCUGAUGUUGAGAGUUAAGUUAAGCACUCCUUGGUUCCAAUGGUUCUGUGCAUUCUUCUCCAAUGCUGGAAAUAUGAUAGGCAGGAUCACGUGCCGGUUGUGUGCUAUCAAGUUCACGAUUUGGUCGUUGUUCCACAAGAAAAGGGCGCGUUCAGCC